CGUAACACAUCAGAUUCAGUUGCUACAAGAUGCUGAUAUUAUUAUUAUCUUAAAAGAAGGAGAGAUCGUGAGCCAUGGCACGUAUGAUGAACUCCAGGCUGAUGGAACAGAUUUUGCUGCUUUGCUUGAAGAGAAAGAUGAGGUCCAACCUAGUUUGGUAGAGACUCAAUUUUCAGAAAUUGAGGAUGAAAACUCAGUUUUAAUUAAACAGAGACUAGAUCCAAAAAUGACAGCUUCAACUAUUUCAUUGAAGUCUGUAUUGUCACAAGAAAUGUUGGGUUUAUUAGGUGAGGAUCCUGUAAAUUCGGUCACAACAAACCCAGAAAAUAAAAACGAUGGCGAAGCAGCGGAAGAAAUGCGUGUUCAAGGAAGUGUUAGUCGAAGUGUUUAUCUUGAAUAUUUUCGAGUUGGAGCAAGCAAGCUUUUUGGUUUCUUCUUUAUUAUAGUUAUUUUAUUGAGCCAUAUUUCAUUUAUUUUAUGUGACUGGUGGAUAUCAAUGUGGGCAACAAAGUAUGAAGAACACCAACAGCUUGGGAGUGACUUACAAUCCAAUGUAUCAAGUACUCUGAACUGGUCUACUACAAUAAUGGAGGAUGUUACUUUGGCAUCAACUUCUGAAAGUUCUGAUGUAUUUGACACAAACUUUUAUAUGAUGAUAUAUGCUUGUCUUACUGCAAUAACAUAUAUUUGCAUAUGGGUUCGUGCAAUAAUGCAUUUUUAUCUUUGUGUGUCAUCCGGGAAACAUAUGCAUAAAAAAAUGUUCUAUGCUAUCUUGAGAUCACCGAUCAGAUUUUUUGAUACAAAUCCUUCAGGACGAGUGCUGAACAGAUUUUCCAAAGACAUGGGUCAAAUCGAUGAUAUUUUGCCACUGACAUUUUAUGACUUUUUGUAUGUAUGUGGUUUUAUCACAAGUAUCCUGAUUCUUACAAUUGUUAUCAAUUAUAUGGUGGCUGUUAUAACACUGCCAUUGGUUGUUGUUUUUUUCUGGUUAAGGCAGUAUUUUUUAAAAACUUCACGGGAUAUCAAAAGAUUGGAAGGAUCUACUCGAAGUCCGGUUUUCGAUCUCCUGUCUACUACAUUGCAAGGCCUUACUACAGUCCGAGCAUUUAGAGUCCAGGAUACAUUUGAAAAGAAGUUUCAUGAAAGACAAAACUUGCACAGCAGUGCAUGGUACUUGUUCUUAUGUGCGGGUCGCUGGCUUGGAGUUCGAUUGGAUGUUUUAAGUGCAUUUUUUGUAACAACUGUCACCUUUAUGUCUUUCAUAACAAUAUCAUUUAUUGAUGUUGAUCCUGGCCAAGUUGGUAUGUCUUUGACCUAUUCUAUAGCUUUGUUAGAAGUAUUUCAAUGGGGUGUAAGGCAGAGUACAGAAGUAGAAAAUUUGAUGACUUCGGUUGAAAGAGUUCAGCAAUACUACAGUAUUCCUUCAGAAGCUGCAGACGAAAAACCGGACAAGAAACCACCUGCUUCUUGGCCAAACCUCGGAAUCAUUACAUUCGAUCGAGUUUCGUUUGCGUAUUAUUCUGGUGGUCCAGAUGUGUUAAAGAAGGUCCGUUUCAAUGUCAAAUCACAAGAAAAAGUUGGCAUUGUUGGUCGAACAGGUGCUGGAAAAAGUUCUCUUAUUUCUGCUUUAUUUCGCCUGUCUGAAUUAACAUCCGGCGAGAUAUAUAUAGAUGGAAUUGCAAUUACACCUUUAGGAUUGAAUGAUUUGAGAAGAGCAUUGUCAAUUAUACCACAGGAUCCGAUUCUAUUCACUGGAACUAUGCGAAGAAAUCUUGAUCCAUUCACACAAUACAGUGAUGAGGAUUUAUGGGAUUCACUUGAACAAGUCCAGCUUAGAGAGGUAGUGGAAUCUCUUCCUCUGAAACUGGAUAGUGAACUUGCAGAAUCUGGUUCCAACUUUAGCGUUGGACAACGACAACUUGUUUGUCUCGCUCGAGCCAUUCUGAGAAAAAGCAAAAUCUUAGUUAUUGAUGAAGCGACUGCAAAUGUCGAUUUGAGAACUGAUCGUCUCAUCCAAGUCACAAUAAGAGAAAAGUUUAAAUAUUGCACAGUUUUAACUAUUGCUCACAGAAUUAAUACGAUCGUAGACUCAGACAGAGUGAUGGUGUUGGAUGCAGGAAAAGUUAUAGAAUUUGAUCAUCCUCAUACUUUGCUACAAAACCCUGAAACACUGUUUUCAAAGAUGGUUGAAACAACAGCCAAUGGUGCAGCAGUAUUGAAGAAGCUGGCAGAGGAAGCUUACAAAUCUCAAAAUCAACCAAAGCUUUCACUUCCCACUACUAUAAAAGAUAGUGAUAGGUCUUAUCUGUCAAGAUUUACUCCAUCACCAGAAACCUAUAAUGCAAUAGAGUUUGAAACUGCAGUAUAGUAUUAAACAUGUAUAGGAGAAUACAGGUGCAUUAGUGGUUACAGUCACUAUUUUUGCACAAAAUCAAAUAGGCUGGUAAUAGUUGAAGUGGCUCGAAAACAAUAUUUUGUUUGUACUCAAAAGAAGGUUUUUUAAUUAGCAAUCAUUCUUUGUUUCCCCAACCUGAUUGAACUUUUUAAUGAAAUUUGUAAGUUCCAACUUAUUUUUCUUUUCAUUCAUCUUGAAUUCUUUAAACAUCUUCUUGGUUGAUUAUCAGCAUUUUUGACAAGCGUUUAGAAAAUAUUAUACUACCUCAAAGAUUUAUUUUGAAAUAUCUUCGUACCAAUUGACCUAUAUGCACACCAAAAUAGCCGAGUGAAAUGUUUUUGCUGAUACGCUGAAUCGUUCUAAUCUAUUUAAGAUAUGCAAUUAGAAAUUGAUAGGACAUAAGUGUUUUUUGAUAGUACUUCAAUUAACUGGACCAUUGCCUUGGCUUAGGUCUCGUAUGAUAGGAUGGCUAUGGAUUAUAUAUUUGUCCCGAGGAGGUCACUAUUAUAAUAUCAAUUGCAUCUUCUUUGGGAUGGGUUUUAGAGCAUUGUUUACCAGCAAAGAAACGAAUUCAAGUGGACUUUGUUGUUUAUUUCAUAACUUGACCUCUGAUAUUAUUAACGAGUUUCGGGAGCGUAUGCAAACAUUCUAUUAUGCAAUUUUACUAAUAAUUCCUUUCAUCAAUUUUUGUAUUAUUUAUUAAUCUUAUCACGCACUUGUGAUAUUUCCAUUCUUUCAAUUCAUCCCUCCAUUUACUAUAUCCUGUAAGAGUACAAGACACAUAUAUUGAAAUAAAUACAUCAUGUUCUCAUCAAUUGCAUUCUAUUAUGCAAUUUUACAAAUAAUUCCUUUCAUUAAUUUUUGUAUUAUUUAUUAAUCUUAUCACGCACUUGUGAUAUUUCCAUUCUUUCAAUUCAUCCCUCCAUUUACUAUAUCCUGUAAGAGUACAAGACACAUAUAUUGAAAUAAAUACAUCAUGUUCUUAUCAA